AUUGAGGAGUUGCCCUAAUUUGUAGUGUUAAGAGUUGUGCGAAAAUUUGCAUUUUCAAUGUUGUUGGUGUUUUCGGUGUCACAGCCUCAAAAUCAAUUUCCUACUCGCGUUGUUGUUGUUGUUGUUAAGUCAUAAGUGUUAGGUUUGAAUCAACCGCUGUAGUACCAGUGGAACUGUUUUGAUUUGCUUAGCGAGAAGAUGGAUCUAGUGAGCAGUUUACCAGACGAUGUUCGUUGUCAUAUACUGUCCUUCCUUACCACAAAGGAGUCUGCUUUGACAUCUGUUCUGUCUAAGAAGUGGCGGAAUCUGUUCACGCUUGUCCCUAAUCUCGACUUGGAUGACUCUGAGUAUCUUCAUCCGGAAGAGACUAAGUGGGAAAGAGAAGAAAUUCUGGAUAGCUUCUUGGAUUUUGUGGAAAGAGUAUUGUCUUUGCAGGGAAAUGGUCCCAUUCGUAGGUUCUCCCUCAGGUGUGAAAGCGGUGUUCCUCCAGCUCGUCUGAAUCGUUGGUUAUGUAAAGUGCUGCAGCGUGGUGUUGCGGACCUUGAACUUAUCAUCGACUUCGAAGAUGGUUAUCUUCUGCCUCGAGAGUUGUUCGUCAGUGAGACACUCGUCAAUCUCAGGUUAAAAUCUGAAUUUGGUUGUAUUCAUUGGUGGCCUGGAGCUGAAGGCACUUUCUUACCAAGGCUUCAAAGUCUUGAUAUAAGCUCUGCGAUGGUUUUUUGUGAUGAUAAGCUUCAGAAGCUUCUUCCUUGUUUCCCUGUGAUUGAGGAAUUACGGUUGGUAGGUAUGGAGUGGAUUGAUUCUCAUGUAACCGUGUCGUGUGCAACCCUCACUAAUCAGCUACUUCUUAGCUCCACCGGUUCCAGAACCUCUAAAAAUCCAAAGAGCGUUUCUUUUGAUACUCCAAAUCUGCUUUCCCUAGCCUACUCUGAUUUAGUUGCUGAGGACUAUCCGUUGGUUAAUAUGAAAAGUUUAUUCAAGGCUCGAAUCAUCCUUGGAGUAGAUGACGAUCAAAUCGCCCGAAUGCGAGCCCCAACUAACUAUUUGUCAGAGGAUGAUGUUGUUCGCCGAUUUGGCAAUGUGGUGAAGCUCAUGAAGGGCAUACAAAAUGUUCAGCAACUUCACUUGCAUUCUGAUACACUCGAGGUUAGUUUUCCAUUUUCUUCUUUCUGGUCUAGUUGUAAUGUAUUGAUUGCAAGAUGAUUUUAGCUGCGUUUUGUUUCUUGUUUCAGGUGCUUUCAAUGUGCUGUGAAUCGAUGCCGGUGUUCAACAACGUCAAAACGUUAGGCAUUAAGAGUGACUACGACAGAGGAUGGCAAGCAGUGCCUGCUCUUCUAAGGAAUUGUCCACAUCUAGAAACCCUGACCUUUGAGGGUCUCGUGCACCAUGUGACAGAUAAAUGUGGAGAUGCUUGUGACUGCAUUUUCCGGAAGGAUAAAGGCCGUUCGCUCAAAUCUUGUCCAGUAAAAGUGGUAGAGAUUAAAGAGUUUAGAGUAACAAUGAAAGAGAUGCACCUGAUAGAGCAUUUCUUGGACAACUUUCCAUGUUUGAAGGAGAUGAAGAUCUAUAGAGAAGAGUAUGAUCCUUCACCGUUUGGAAACGACCCUCAAGUGGAUGAUCUUAUCUUGGACAUGAUAGAAGAGUACAAGGAUAUAUAUAGUUGCAAUGUCCAACUCUUGGAGCCGUGUGACAAGUGGGAUGAACAAUGAAGUCUUUGAACAAAGUCCCCCUAGGAAUUUGACUUAUCAGAUCCGAUCCUUGUUUUGUUUUAGUUAUCUAUGUGUAUCUUUUAAUCACACUAUCCUCGGCUCGGCUAGACUGAUUGCCACACCUAUUUUGCUUUAGUCCUUGGAAACUUUCUGAUUGCUUUUGGUUAAUUUUCAAGACUCUGAAUUACGUAUUGCUUAAGGGUUACUGAUUUUCAUCCUCUGACUCAGUCUUG